CCAGCCGUGUCGUCGUCUUCGUCAAAGUCGUCUGGUUAGAGCAUUGUCACGUCUGGCACUGUGACCAGUGCCUCAACCCCGUUGCCUGCGGUGACCAUCAGCCCUCUGCACGCCAGUGAAAAUGAUAGUAUCGGUUAGGUCAACUGCCGACACACGGCCAACACGGAGGGCAUGGACUUCAACUAUUACACCUGCACGCAGGUAGCCAACAACAAUCCGAUCACCGUGCAGACAUUCUUCAAGUUGAAUCCGACUGUGAAGCCAGAUUACAGCAACAUUCAGGCCAACACCGAUUACCACGUUUCCAGAUGUAGGUUCACAGCACAUCUCCGACUUUUCGACUGGUAUUAUGCGAGUCCCAAUACCCGGGAGAUUCAAUGCGAUGUUGCGGAGCAUCAUAGAUAUCGGUGCUCAACUUUCACUCAGUGAAUAGUGGGUGUCCAGGGUUGCACCGCUGCGGGCUUUUUUAGAGUCAGGUCAAAGGCUUCGGCAGGGC